AUGAAGUCCACUGCCAAGGAAUGGGUAGAAUGCUGCCCUGUAUGUCAGGCCAAUCGACGAGCAUGCCCCUACCAUUGCCCUAAAACCCUUGGAAGUCCCCCGUUCCCAUUCCACACAAUUUCCUAUGACUUCAUCACAGGGUUCCCUAAGUCAAAUGGUUACAAUGCGAUUCUAGUAGUUAUUGACUCUUUUUCCAAAUUCGGGCACUUUAUCCCAACCUUGAAGAAGGUCACAGCCAAGGGUCUGGCAGAUCUAUUUGUCAGCCACGUAUGGAAAUUGCACGGGUUACCAAUCAGAACCAUCUUGGAUAGAGGCACCACGUUCACAGGAAAGUUCCUUAGGGCACUCUACCUAAGAUUAGGAAUCAGACCAUUGUUUUCCUCAGCAUACCACCCAGAAUCCAACGCCGCGGAUCAUUCAGACUGGGCCACAUGGUUACCUUUGGCGGAGUACGCGUACAACAACGCCAAACACGCGUCCACGGGGAAGACACCCUUUGAGUUGGUCUAUGGAAGAAACCCAGUGAUGAAUCCCUCCAACGUACCAUCCAACGUGCCGGAAGCGGACCAAUUAGCAAAUACCUUGGCCAAUGAAUGGAAGGAGCUGAAUCCGCCCUCAGAAUGA